GUGCAAAUUGUGGAUUUGUGAUUGUGGAUUUGUACGUUUGUUAUAAGUGAAUAUAAGAAUAUUUUCAGACAAGAAAAUAAAACUAUUGCGAUAGUGUUUAUGGCGUGAAAUUCAAAACAAUAAUCACAAUGGAUGCCAGAUCACAGACAAUGCAGAUCAUUCAUCCACUCGCAUAGCAAUGUCAGGAAAUUGAAGUGCAAGAUUGGUUCGCAGGAUGCCGAUCGCACCGCGUGGCCCUCCGCACGUUUUGAUACCACCCUACCGCCUGCGACUCCAUAGGAGACCUAUCUCAACCCUCAAGUGGCCUUAGAUUAUAUAAAGUGUAACUUUUAUACGCCUCUUUUACACCGACCUAAUAAGUUUAAGUAGAUACACAGUGUUUAGUGUUAAGUGUCGCGUGAGUGUAAGUUUAUAUGUGUGUCGAUGGUGCGGCCGACAUGGGAAAGUCCUCGGCGAGAACACAUGGCCAAGAGAAUGAACGGAGAAUCAAAGCCAACAACCGAGAGUACAACGCGCAGUUCCGCUACGCUAAUAACUAUAUCAAGACCUCGAAGUAUUCGAUAAUCACGUUCCUGCCAUUGAAUUUGUUGGAGCAAUUCCAGCGACUGGCCAAUUUCUACUUCCUUUGUCUGCUAGUGCUGCAGCUCAUACCGGCUAUAUCCUCGCUGACACCCAUCACUACUGCAAUACCCCUCAUUGGUGUGCUCGCUUUAACUGCCGUUAAAGACGCGUACGACGACUUCCAACGUCAUCAGAACGACUCUCAAGUGAAUCACAGGCGGGCGAAGACAUUGCGUAAUGGCAAGCUUGUGGAGGAGAAGUGGGCGUCUGUUCAGGUGGGAGACGUCAUCCGGCUGGAGAACGACCAGUUCGUCGCGGCUGAUAUUCUACUGCUUAGCAGUUCGGAGCCUAACGGGCUUUGCUAUAUAGAGACUGCAGAACUGGACGGGGAGACAAAUUUAAAAUGUCGUCAGUGCCUUCUGGAGACGGCCGCGAUGGGCCAGGACGACGCACAACUCGGCGCCUUCGACGGCGAGAUCGUCUGUGAAACGCCAAACAAUCUACUUAAUAAGUUUGACGGUACGCUAAGCUGGCGCGACCAGCACUUCUCGUUGGACAACGAUAAGAUACUGCUGCGCGGGUGCGUGCUGCGGAACACGUCGUGGUGCUACGGCGUCGUGGUAUUCGCCGGGAAAGACACCAAACUCAUGCAGAACUCUGGCAAGACUAAGUUCAAGCGCACCAGCAUAGAUAGAUUACUUAAUUUUCUUAUUAUAGGGAUAGUGCUGUUCUUGCUGUCGAUGUGCGUGUUCUGCACGGUGGCGUGCGGCGUGUGGGAGUGGCUGGUGGGGCGCUACUUCCAGGUCUACCUGCCGUGGGACACGCUGGUGCCGGCCGAGCCCGCGUCGGGCGCCAUCGUGAUCGCGCUACUCGUCUUCUUUUCUUACGCGAUCGUAAUGAACACCGUCGUGCCCAUCUCGCUUUACGUCUCUGUCGAGGUCAUAAGAUUUGCGCAGAGUUUUUUAAUAAAUUGGGAUGAAAAAAUGUAUUACGAAAAGACUGGAACCGCGGCUAAGGCGCGAACAACAACGUUGAACGAGGAGCUGGGACAAAUCCAAUACGUAUUCUCAGAUAAAACUGGCACCCUAACACAAAACAUAAUGACUUUCAACAAAUGCUCGAUAGGCGGAUUGUGUUACGGCGAUAUCGUCGAUGAGAACACGGGCGAGACGAUCGAACUCACCGACAGCACGGAACCGCUCGACUUCUCCGACAAUCCCGAGUAUGAGCCGGAGUUCAAGUUCUUUGACGCGAAGCUGCAGAAGGCGGUCCGUCGUGGCGACCGGAACGUGUACGACUUCUUCCGGCUGCUGGCACUCUGCCACACCGUCAUGCCCGAGCAGAAGAAUGGCCGGCUAGAGUACCAGGCACAAUCGCCGGACGAGUCGGCGCUGGUGUCGGCGGCGAGAAAUUUUGGCUUCGUGUUCCGAGAGCGCUCGCCCAACACUAUUACUAUAGAGGUUAUGGGUAAAACAGAGGUGUAUGAGUUGUUAUGUAUAUUAGAUUUUAAUAAUGUUAGAAAAAGAAUGUCCGUGAUAUUGAAGAAGGAUGGUGAAAUUAGGUUAUAUACUAAAGGUGCUGAUAAUGUUAUAUACGACAGAUUAAAACGUAGCCAUCAAGAGGAAGUGAGAUCAAAAACACAGGAGCAUUUAAACAAAUUCGCGGGCGAAGGUCUGCGCACGCUGGCGCUGGCGUGGCGCCCGCUGGAGGAGCGCGGCUUCGCGGAGUGGAAGCGCCGCCACCAGGCCGCCGCGCUGGCGCUGCGCGACCGCGACGAGCGCCUCGACGCCAUCUACGAGGAGAUCGAGACCGACCUCAUCCUCAUCGGCGUUACGGCGAUAGAGGAUAAAUUACAAGAUGGAGUACCAGAAACGAUAGCGAAUCUUAGCAUGGCGGGUAUCAAAAUAUGGGUUCUGACGGGAGAUAAACAAGAGACUGCGAUAAACAUCGGCUACUCGUGCCAGCUGCUGACCGACGACAUGGCGGAGGUGUUCGUCAUCGACGGCGUCGCCCACGACGACGUGGACCGCCAGCUCGCCAAGUGCAGGGACUCCAUACGCGUCGUCAACACCUUCCUCCCGCACGGCCCGUCGGAGGCGAAGGGCUCCCGCUCGGAGACGGCCAACGGCGGCGCGGUAGCGCGGCCUUCGCCCGGCCGGGCCGCCAACGUCAAGCUCAACGCGCCCGCCGUCUCCGUCGUCACAUUUAGGUGGGAACAUAACACACUCGCACACGACAGCAACGAGUACGCGUCGGGCGGCGCCGCGCACGCGCCGGACUCGCACGAGCACGGCGACGACUCCAACGGGUUCGCCAUCGUCGUCAACGGGCACUCGCUCGUGCACUGCUUGCAUCCCAAGCUGGAAGAGAAAUUUCUUGACGUAGUUCUUCAUUGCCGAUCUGUGAUAUGCUGUAGGGUGACGCCAUUACAGAAGGCAAUGGUCGUUGAGCUCAUUAAGAAAAGUAGAAAAGCGGUCACGCUUGCCAUUGGCGAUGGUGCCAAUGACGUUUCGAUGAUAAAAGCGGCUCAUAUAGGCGUGGGUAUAUCCGGCCAAGAGGGCAUGCAGGCGGUGCUGGCUUCCGACUACUCGAUAGCGCAGUUCCGGUUCCUGCAGCGCUUGCUGCUCGUGCACGGCCGGUGGUCGUACUAUCGAAUGUGCAAGUUUCUACGAUACUUCUUCUACAAAAACUUCGCAUUCACCGUUUGCCACUUUUGGUUCGCGUUUUUCUGUGGAUUUAGUGCACAGACCGUGUUCGACGAGAUGUUCAUCUCGGUGUACAACCUGUUCUACACGUCGCUGCCGGUGCUGGCGCUGGGCGUGUUCGAGCAGGACGUGUCGGACGCCACGUCGCUGCAGUUCCCCAAGCUGUACGCUCCCGGGCACACCAGCCAGCUCUUCAACAAGACGGAGUUCAUCAAGUCCACGCUGCACGGCUGCUUCACUUCGCUCGUCUUGUUCCUCAUCCCAUACGGUACUUACAAAGAUGGACUGGCACCCGACGGCAAGAUAUUAUCAGAUCAUAUGCUUUUAGGGAGCGUAGUUGCGACGAUAUUGAUCAUUGACAAUACGACGCAAAUCGCAUUAGACACGACAUACUGGACAGUGUUUAACCAUAUCACUAUUUGGGGUUCGCUGGUGUCGUACUUCGUGCUGGAUUACUUCUACAACUACGUCAUCCGCGGCCCCUACGUAGGGUCGCUGACGGUCGCGCUCACCCAGGCCACCUUCUGGUUCACCGCCGUGCUCACGAUGAUGAUCCUGAUGGUGCCGGUGGUGUCGUGGCGGCUGGCGUGGUCGCGGCGCCGGCCCACGCUGGCCGAGCGGCUGCGCGCGCGCACGCGCUGGCGCCGCGCCGCCGCCGCGCCCGCGCCGCGCACGCCGUCCGCCCGCCGCGCGCGCCGCUCCGUGCGCUCGGGGUACGCCUUCGCGCACCAGGAGGGCUUCGGCCGCCUCAUCACCUCCGGCAAGAUCAUGCGCCGCAUCCCGCACGCGGACGCCGCGCUGUCGGCGCUGGCGUCGCUGCCGGGCAAGUUCCACCCGCGCUCCUCGACGCCGCCGCCGUCGCCGCCCUCCGCCUCGCCCUCCGCCUCGCACUCCGCCUCGCCGCCCUCGCCGCGGGCCCCGAAGCAGGACCUCGAUUCCGUCGAUUUAUGAGCUCCCGUGUGGCGCGGCUCGAGCGAGCGCGGUCGGACUGAGUGAGAGUGCCGGACUCGUUGGUCGCCGCGUCGGGCCCGAGGAGUCCUCCCGACGCGGGCGCCCGUCGCCUUCCUCGUUGCAGGUGUUCAUUUCAGAAAAGACGAGACGUGUACGAUGUAAGAAUGAGAGUAAUGUUUGUAAAUAAUAAAGUGGUUACAAACGAACCAUAAUUUUUUAUUAGACGGCAUAAUGUCGUCGCAACUCGUAUUGUGAUAAUGUUAAUAGAUUUAAAAAUUCGUAUUAUAUAUAUUAUUGCCUAUAUUAAAUUAUAUUUGUUGAUCGAGAGUAUAUAUUGAUAGAUAUUUAUUAUCGUACGUAAUAAGAUUACUCUUUUAUAUCGGAAAAGCGUAGUUUUCUCCUAAUGUUCCUUUGUAUGUGUAAAUUAUAUAGUUCCGGUUACUGCGAGCACGACCCAUCGAUUGUAUUCUUUAGCUCAUUGUCGCCGUAAACGUAAACUUGGCAAAAUGAUAUCAGAAGAACUUGUUACCGAGAUUUGUAUUUUUUGUUCUUAUGACAUAGAAUUAUAUUAGAAAUUUUCUCCUUUCCAAUUAGUAUUUUAUUUGUUAUUUUAUUUAUGAAAAAAAUGUUUUUUUAUAUGCUUUUUAAUGUCGUCAGUGUCGGAGACCUUAGUAAAAUUUGCAUUUAAAUUUAUGUCAAUAUGGUAAGCAGUUAAAAUAGACACGAAUUGAAAUAGAUAAGUUGCAUACAAAUUAUUAAUGUACCGUCUUAAGUCUUGACAUUGUUUAUAUCAUGAUAUUUUAAAAAAAUAGUUUAAAUAAACUCUUUAUUAUUGUGUAAAU